GAAAGUCGAAUAUUGUAGCAGGUACUGGAUUCCGUAAUUUAGUCUUUGCUGGUUCCCGACUUUAUUACGAAUCUGCGGACUACCAGUUUACAAUGGCUCGUGUCGGGAUAAUAUCCUUCAGCAUCAGAGAUAUGCUGUCCCGGAGGCUUUUGACCAGGCAAGCUAUACGGACCUUAUGGACUGGGAGAGAGAGUUUGGAGGAGGAUGAUCCGGAACUGAUGUCCAUCAUCAAACAGGAGAAAAAGAGGCAGGUCAAUGGUCUGGAACUCAUAGCAUCUGAGAACUUUGCGAGUCGAUCGGUCCAGGAAGCAUUGGGAUCCUGUCUUACUAACAAGUACUCCGAGGGUUACCCUGGUGCAAGGUACUAUGGAGGAAAUGUAUUCAUCGACAAAGUCGAAAGUCUGUGUCAGACGAGAGCUUUGGAGGCUUUCCGCCUGGACCCUCACCAGUGGGGGGUGAAUGUACAGCCUUACUCUGGUAGUCCUGCUAACUUUGAGGCCUUCACUGCCUUACUGAAGCCACAUGACAGAAUUAUGGGCCUGGAUCUACCGGAUGGUGGACAUUUAACUCAUGGAUUUAUGACUGAUACCAGGAGGAUCUCAGCUACUUCAGUGUUUUUUGAAUCCAUGCCAUACAGAAUAGAUCCCAAGACAGGGUACAUUGAUUACGACAAACUCAGGGAAUCUGCUCGUCUUUUCCGUCCAAAGCUGAUCAUUGCAGGAACCACAGCCUACUCUCGCCUACUGGACUACAAAGCUUAUAGAGAGAUCUGUGAUGAGGUGAAUGCCUACAUGCUGGCUGACAUGGCCCAUAUAUCAGGACUGGUGGCAGCUGAUGUUAUUCCUGGUCCUUUUGAACAUGCUGAUGUUGUUACCUCCACCACCCACAAGACACUGAGGGGACCCAGAUCUGGGAUGAUAUUCUACCGUAAAGGCAAAAAAGGAGUGGACAAAAAAGGAAAUGACAUCAUGUAUGACCUGGAAAAGAAGAUAAACAACGCUGUGUUUCCGGCCCUACAGGGGGGACCUCAUCAGCACCAGAUUGGGGCCCUAGCAGUCGCCCUCAAACAGGCUAAAUCUCCGGAGUUCAAAGAGUAUCAGCUGCAGGUGAUCAAAAAUGCCAAAGUCAUGGCCAAAGUCUUAUUGGAUAAAGGAUAUAAUGUAGUUUCUGGGGGUACCGAUAAUCAUCUUGUGUUGGUGGAUCUGAAAUCCAAGGGAACAGAUGGUGCUAGAGUGGAGCGGAUUCUUGAGCUGUGCGAGAUUUCUGUCAACAAGAACACCUGUGCUGGAGACAAAAGUCCCAUGACUCCCGGAGGACUCAGAAUAGGUGCCCCUGCAAUGACUUCCCGUGGAAUGAAGGAGAAGGAUUUUGAGAAAAUCUGUGAAUUUCUAGAUCGAGGAGUGCAGAUAGGAAUAAAUGCCAAAAAGUAUUCAAAAACUUUGAAAGAGUUCCGCCAUGCAGUGAUAGAGAAUGAGGAUAUUCAGGGCCAGAUCAACAAGCUGCGGGGAGAGGUGGAGAGCUUUGCCAGCCAGUUCCCCAUGCCAGGACUAGAGGAACGAUAACUUCUUGUGUAGAUCUGAUCUGUCAAAUGAAUUGAAAAACAACCCAAAAUCUAAACAUUCUUCAAAAUUUUACCAAAGAUGUUGAUUUUGUUAUAAUGAUGUUUUUAAACAAUAAGAGAAAUGAUUCAUCAUUUUCUUAAAAUUCAAUUUUAAAAUCCUAUUUUGACAUUUGAAUGCAAAGAAUCUCACAACUGGAAUUCUCUUAUCAAAAGAUCUGUUUGGAUUUCCUUUUAAAAACUUUUGUUUUUGUAAAUUUUUUUUUUCUUUUAUUGACUUAAGUUUGACAACGCAACUGGUAUUUUUUUCCCAAAUUUUCAUCAUAUAGAUCAGAAAUUGAGUUGUUGAACAAUUCCAAGAGUUAAGAUGUGUUUUAUUUCAGUGAGAUGAUUUGUUUUUGGUGAAUGUUUUUAUUUUUUGUGUGAAUAUUUACACCCAUACCUGCAAUUUUGUGAUUCUUAAGGUUAGUUAAAAAGAUAAUGUUCUUUAUUAAUAAAAUGCAUAUAGAAUAUGUAAUUUUGAAGUGCUAUGUUAUUCAUUGUAUUAUAUUGCAGUGCCAAAAUGAUGUUAAGAUUCACAAGAGGUUAAACAUUUUAGACAUUGUUGGAAAUCUGUGUUAAUGAACUGAUUUUGAGCAUUUGAUGAAAACUUUUCUCUCUUUGAUACACACUUAGUAUUGUUUAUACCGGUAAUUAAUUUUUAAUAAUUCAUGUAUCCUGUACCAUCUUUUAAAAGACAAUAAUUAAUAAGCAAUCUCGGUAAAGUACAAGACCGGGUAACUAAUGACUUUACAUUGUGUGUAUUGGACUUUCAGCAAAACAUUGGUGCUUUAGAUCUGUUCUCAAAGAGGUACUGAUUGUACCUUUCAGAGACUGCUCUUAAAUUGAAGGAAAAUAAAGUUAUUAUGUACUAGUUUGUAUGUGAUUUUAUGUGGAAAAUAUUGGGGUUAAAAUGUUAUACAUGAAAAUAUGGGCUGGAGUACUUUAAGACAUGAACAUCACAACUUUUCCAUAUUUAACUUUUCCACAAUAAAUCGUAUGAAAAAGUAUUACGUUUCACAGUGUGUUGUGAUAUACACACAUGUAUAGUGCAAGUGCAUAUGUUUCAUAUGAAUGUAUGGUUUCAUAAAAAAAAAAAACAUGUCUAAAACUUCCAUUUAAUCCACCACCUCUUUAUUAACUAUUCCUUGUGCUCAGGUUGAAUUCCUUUUGUCUGUUUGCCAGAAUUGCCAAAUUCGUAACAAUGAUGAUUUGAUUACCCAUUUUGUUCACAUAUGUUUAAGGUGGUAUGGGACACCUACAUAUUGUGACAUACACUGUACUUCCAAUUGAAUCAAGCAUAAUUUUAUAUACCUGUACUUUUUCUUGCCGGAAAUUGUUACUUAAAAGCAUAGUGCAAUGGGUUUAAAGUCUUGAUUUCCAUUUUUUGGGGUCAAAUAUUUUAACAUUUCAUAACUGUUAAAGUAUUUUAAUUAUAUAAGGAAUAAGGAAUCAUUCUUUGAGUAUUAUGAGGUGAUAAUUUUGGUCGAGGCGUGAUCAAAUCCAAUAAAGCCGGGAGGGCUUUAUGAUAGAUUUGAUCAUUCCCCGGCCGAAAUUAUCACCUCAUAAUAUUCAAAGAAUGAUUCCUUAUUACUUAUAUUUAUAUAAUUUCAGGCCAUCGUACGAUUAAAUUUUUAAAUAUAAUUAAGCAAACCCCGCCAAUUGUCAUUUGUAUUAUGGGUUAUAUAGUACAAAAUCGAUACAAGUAGUACAUGUUAUAACAGACAGAGACACUGGAUAAUGUAAAAAUAAUGUAUUAAUAUCAACAGAUGUCCCAUACCACCUUAAUAUACAUGUAUAUGUGUAUUGAUUAAUUUUGGAUUCAACUAAAAUUCUUUGCUGCUUUGCUUAGGUGUCAUUAUCAUUAGCAAGUUCUUUGUUUACUUUUGUCAUAAUUGUUAGAGAUUGUUAUCGAUAGUGAAAUACUUGUAAUUUAAUGAGGAAAGCUGUAUUACAGUAUGACAAGAUAAGAGUAUAAUUCAUUUUGUAGAACAUAUAGUCUGACAAAAUUUAAAUCAUCCCCUUCUUUUACUCUGGCCAGACUACUGAUGAGAGAAAUGAAGAGAGUCAGAAGAAUGGGGGUGGUUAAAUCAAACUUUAGUAAAUAUGCAUUUAAAUUGCUGGUCACUUAUUGAUCACUGUAACAUCUAGACCAAGCACAGAAAAAUAACCUGUUCUCUAUGUACUCGCUAACCAUCCCAUUUAAAGAGAACAAGGAAUUUCCAAAUCUGUUUUUUUUUUUUUUAAAUUCUGCAGCAUUUUUAUUCAUGA